GCAUUCAUAGGCUCAGUCAGAUUAUAUAAAAUUAAACCAUAAUUUAUACUUUCCACGCUUCCCAGUGGUUUUGUUCGUUGCGUGGUUAGUUUUCUUCUUUCUUUUCUUCUCUUUUCUCUACCGAAUCCUCGGCCACCAAGUGUUCGAAGAAAUGCCUGAGCCAUGCUCGCCUCGACCACCGCAUCAGUUCACACGCUGGUCACGCCCUCUUCGCUAGCCGCUUCUUCGUCUCACCAAGCCUUUCCCUCCUCGGUCCUCUCCGUCGUCAGGCCUCGGUUUCGGAGGAGGCAAGAGCGGUGGUUCGUGCCUCUGAGCUUCGUCCUCGGCGGCGGGAGCGAGCGACGGUGCGCUCUGUUAGGGUUUUAUCGCCGCAGCGGAUUGGUGAGGGACUGCGAGCGCGGUUUGCAUUGCGGUUGGUCGGGGUUCGUGAGGCGGUGCAAAGAUUGGGACUGCGAAGGGGAUUUCGCGUUGGAGGCGGAGAUUCUGGAGUUCAUGAAGAGCUCGGAGAAGCCUGACGCGUUUCCGAGCAGGAAAGAGCUUGUCGACGCCGGUAGGAUGGAUUUGGCGGAGGCUAUUGUGAAGAGAGGCGGCUGGCUGUCGAUGGGAUGGGACUUGGAGGAAGAAGGAGGAGGAGAAGGUCGAGAAGAUAGAGAUUUCGAUUCAGGUUUUGUAACGGCCGAGGAAUUUGAUGGUUUUCAGAAGAACAGUGAUUGGACUGGCGAAGAAGAAGUGGUUUCUUCAAGUCCGUACGAUUAUUCCAACUCGGCCUCAUCGUCGGGUAGAUCAUUAGAACGGGCAAACACAAGCGCAGAUCGUGAGACUGGAAUUGAAGGUAUAUUGAGUAGAUUGGAGAAAGAAAGAAGUUUAACUUUUGGAUUCGGUGUGGCAGAACAUGAUGACCGUACUUUCUCUGCGAGUAACAAUGGGAAAGACGAUCUGCAUUCCGGAUUCUCAUCAGAUGCGACAGUUAGUGGCUGUUUCGGAGGCAGCAGGUCUUCAUCAUUGAGCUCCAAGAAAGCAACAUUUGAUGAGUCAAGAGGGCGGUUUAAUCAGAGCGAGCCCUCUGAUGUCGACAGUUCAAAAAACUCACAUAAGCCUGAAUCGUGGAGAGCUUGGAGCAUUCAACGGGCAGGACUUUCAGAUAUUAAUCCAGAAGUCAUUGAAAUAUCAUCAAGCGAAACUAGCAGGGAAGAGUCAGUGGACAUUCCAAAAGAUGAAGAACUGUGGAGAGCAAGUGAUAGUGAUCCUAAUGAAAGGAAUGAGUUAGGUCUACGUCAUGAACUGAUUAAUCACAAUGAACUACGCAGUCGCCUUCAGCACCUACAGAUAGAGCUCUCAUCUGUACUCCAAGCUGUGAGGUCAAAUGCUGAUGAGAGUGCAUCCCAAAAGGAUCAUGAUAGCUCCUCUGAUGACUUGCAGACCCUAUCUGACGCUUGGGAGUUUCAGGAAAAUGAGAUUAUGAAUUCCCAGUAUAAAUUGCGGUCGAUGCGUGCAAGGCUAGCCGUCUUAGAAGGAAAGACGGCACUUGCAAUAAUUGAUGCACAAAAGAUCGUGGAGGAGAAACAGAAGAGGAUUGAUAAUGCUCGUAGAGCUUUACGACUUCUUCGUCCUGCUUGCAUAGUGUGGCCUAAUUCAGCCUCAGAGGUGCUAUUAGCAGGAUCAUUUGAUGGUUGGGCAACCCAGAGAAAAAUGGAAAAAUCAAAUACAGGAAUCUUCUCUCUGUGGCUGCAAUUAUACCCGGGCAGAUAUGAGAUCAAAUUCAUUGUUGAUGGCGAAUGGAGAAUCGACCCAUUACGACCAAUUGUUAUGAACAAUGGUCACCAAAACAAUCUACUCAUUAUCACGUAAAGGACGAGCGGGAGCACGAGAACAAUUGCAGAUUUUUUCUUUUUUCUUUUUUUAAGUUUUCCUUUAUAUUAACAGGUAGAGUAGAUUGCAGAUUAUAAUCCUAAUUAUUCUUUCUAGUCUGAAGAUCAGUCACAUUAACACUAGCAAUUCCUGUCCCGUCAAAUUUGUCUGCUAAUUUGCUAUAAAUAUGUAGUAUUGCUUGCUCUGAGUCAAGGUUGGCCUAUUUUUAACCAAAUAAUCUGAAGAUUACUGGCUUGUAAAACUUAUAGAUUUCAAUUCAUUGGGGCAUCGGAAUAAAUCUUGUAGCCUGAUCUAAGGUUCUUGUAAGGAUUUGAUUUGAAUACUGAUACUCUUGAGUUAAUAUGGCACGUGUAUACACUAUCCAGGAA